CGUUUCCUCAUACCAAGUUCAAUAAUCAAAAAUCAUCAUCCAAUAAUAAGAUGAAGAUUAUUCACAUAGUUUUUCUUUUCUUUUUUCUUUCAUUCACUACUUCCCAAGCUUCUGUCAAUGAUUUUUGUGUAGCAGAUUUAAAGGCUCCAGAUACCCCUUCAGGCUAUCAGUGCAAACCCCUAGCAAAUAUCACAUCAGACGAUUUUGUCUUUCAUGGCUUCGUAGCCGGAAACACCAACAACUCUUUCAACGCUGCACUUACCUCCGCAUUCGUCACUGAAUUUCCAGGCCUUAACGGACUAGGAAUCUCAGCAGCGCGGUUAGACAUAGCCGAAAAUGGUUCAAUUCCAAUGCAUACUCAUCCCGGUGCUACCGAAUUAUUGAUAAUAGUUCAAGGUGAAAUAACCGCUGGAUUUCUGACACCUACCUCAGUUUAUUCUAAGACGUUGAAACCGGGUGAUCUUAUGGUUUUUCCACAGGGGAUGUUGCAUUUUCAAAUUAACACUGGUAAGGGAAAAGCUACUGCUUUUCUUACAUUUAGUAGUGCUAACCCUGGUGCUCAAUUACUUGAUCUUCUUUUGUUUUCGAAUAAUUUACCUUCUGAAUUGGUGGCACAAACUACUUUCCUUGAUCUUGCACAAGUGCAGAAGCUAAAGGCACGUUUUGGUGGAAGAGGGUAGGGAUAUGAUAUUGUUUGGUCAUGAUCAUAACCCACUCUCCUUGUGUAAAUGUUUAUUCCAAUAAUCACCUAGUGGUGGAUUUGAUUGUGUGUGUGUGUUAUUUUAUUUUAUUCUAUGUUUUAGCUAUUCCAAAUGUUAUGAUAUAUGGUUACUUGUGAUAAUGAAGUAAUAAAUUGUGUGUGAUACAUUUCUUGGUUC